AUGUCGAUCACCCUCAACAGGUUCCCCGUGCUCCCGACGUCUCUGUAUUCAGAAGACUCCCUCGGGCGCCCCUCCGCCAGUGUCGCAGGUUUCAUCUCCGGCAUGCGGAGCGCGGUCCUGGAGAGCCCGACAAUAGCUGCUUGUGUCGUCGUCAACAUUGUUGUUGUCUACUACGUCGUGUCCUUCUUGACGAGCAAGAAUGCGAUACCUCCCGUUGGGUACCCCCAUUGGCUUGGCUCAUAUGUGGGAGCUAUUCGUUUCUUUGCUGAUUCCAAGCGGAUGGUCGACGAGGGCUACCAGAAAUUCAAGGGCAAAUUCUUUCGUCUGCCACUAUGGACGAACUGGAAUUACAUCGUGACGAAGGAGCAGUGCAUCGACGAGAUGUACCACCUUCCUGACGACGUUCUGUCAUUAAGAUACGCCGCACAUGAUGAACUGCAGGUGCCAUACACCAUGGGUCAGCAAAUCCAUGACAACCCAUAUCACCUUCCCAUUAUGAGAUCAAAGUUGACGCGCCACAUCGACGUCCUGGUCGCCGAGUGCUUGGACGAGCUGAUCAGGGCGAUGGACGACACGUUUGCAAAGAAGUGCGGCGAUUCGUGGAAGGAGCUCAACUCGUUUGACGCGUUCGUCGGCGUCGUCGCGCGCACGUUCAACCGCAUCCUCGUCGGCGCUCCCACCUGCCGCAGCCCGGAGUACACGGAAGUCUGCAAAUCGUUCGCAAUAGAAACUGCCGUUGUUGGGCUCAUCAUCAACCUGUUCCCCUCGAUCGUUGGUCGGCUGAUCACGCGCCUGCCGUCGCUGGUGAAGCGUGCGCUCGCGCACCUGCGCCCUGUGAUUGCAGAACGCCACUCUGCCAUGGCAGAGUACGGUGCGAACUGGGCGGACAAGCCGAACGACAUGCUGAUGUGGCUGAUGGACGCGGCAGAGGGCGAAGAGAGGGAGCCAGAGCGCCUCGCUGCGCGCAUUCUCGUGCUGAACAUUGCCACAAUCAACACGACGGCAGCGUCGUUCGUGAACGCCGUGAAUAACCUUCUAUCGCACCCGGAAUACUUCGAGCCCCUCCGGGAGGAAGCCGAGUCGGCGAUCCGGGCGCACGGCUGGACGAAACAGGCGAUGAAUCAGCUGGUGAAGACCGACAGCUUCCUGAAAGAGUCGUCGCGGAUGAAUGCGCUGGGAACGAUGAGCUUUCCGAGAAAGGCGUUGAGGGACAUUACGUUCUCGGACGGGACGCUGGUUCCAUCAGGGAACUACAUCUCCUCGGCGUACUCUGUGCACUAUGACGAGGAGUACUACCCGGAUGCGGCGACGUUUGACGGGUUCCGGCACCUGCAGGAUGGCGGUGCGGCCGGGGGGAAGGCCAACAACAGCAGCGGGCUGAUCCGCACGAACGCGCGUUAUCUCAUCUUUGGGCACGGGAAAUAUCCAUGCGUAUGUAUCUGA